UGUAGCGACCAACGCCUUUCUGUUCAGUCAUGGGUAAUUUGUUUGGCGGAGGGAGAGCACCGCCGCCCGUGAAGUUGAUAGGUGCUUCCUUCACGCGUCCUCUGGAACAGGCCAUGCAGCGCCGCGAACAGGAGUACCAGGCACAGCGCCAGCGCGAUGAAGUGCUCUUCCAGGAGCGCCUUCAAGAUCUGAAAAAUGCCAACGCGGUGGACCGCGACCGUCUGCAGCAAGACUUCCAGCGCCAGCAAGAGCACCUCGACAAGGAACGGCAAGUCGAAAAGCGGCAAUACGAGGCACAGCUCCUGGAACUGACGCAGACAAUGAAGAACAAUGAAGAGCGACUGAAAAAGGUCACCGAUGAGCUGCAACUCCCUAUCAAAGUGCGACAAGACAGAAUCGCUUUUGUCAACCGGUUGAAUUUGGCCAUUUGGCAGACCAGUUCGCUGCUGCUACUGGGUCCGAAAGGAACCGGGAAGACCACCUUCUUAUGGCUACUCAACAAGGUUCCCAAGCCGAAACCGUCACGCUCCGACGGGACGGUGGAUAUCGUGCAUGUUGACGGGUUCGUGGAUUCCAUCGGACUGCGCGGAUGGACGCCGGAGGAAUUACUGAAGCUGCUGGUCUUGAUGAUCUACGAAGGAAUCCCCAAGGACCUUAUCGUCUUCGGCAAUAGUGACCGCAUCCAACUGCCCAUCAUGACGCUGGGUCUGUUGGGCGUCAACCAUCCCAUGAUCGUCAUUAUGUCCAGUGAUUUCUGGAGAAAGUUGGAGCCGAAGGACGAUGAUGACCAGCCGAUUCACUUGGUGGAGGACCACAACGGGAUACGUCGCGUGGAACCCGAGAAGCACUUGAAGCGUGUGUACAAUAUGUCGGUGUACGACGAAAUCAGGGAAUACCAAUUGGGUACUACGCCCAUCACGCACCACGACGACCUGGAACUGCUGGUGCAGAAGCGGGAGGACGCCGGGGUUAAGCCGUUUCAGUUCCUCAUGGAAGGACUUGGCACGCAUUUCCACGUGGAAAUGGAGAACACGUCCACCAUGGAAGCGCUCUUUCGCUUUAUCUAUAUUUUCGAAACGAAGUACGUAAAGGACCGGCUGAAAUUCAUGAACCAUGCGACGCUACAAGACUUCCAAUAAGAUUGCUAAUUAUUUUUCAUCUUUGUGAUUUUUGUUUGUAUCUGCG